AUGCCCGACGCUGCUGCCCCCACUGGGCUUUCUGAUAAGCUCCAAAACAAGCGCAAAAGACAGGCCGACGAUUCUUCCAAGCCAGAGCAGGCCGAGGGUGCUACCAACGCCGAAGGCUCAAACAAGAAAAAGCAGAAGAAGAACAAGAAGAACAAGAAGAAGACAGACCAAGAUGGAGAGUCAUCAAACAAGCAGGACGACAAAGAGGGCAUUGACGAGUCCAUUGGCAAGAUGGACGGUCGUUUGCUAGGCGAUCACUUUGCGCAAAAGGCCAAGAGACUCGAUAAGCAGCUGUCUGCUGUCGAACUCAGCGAUCUUUCCGUUCCUGAUUCCGCGUUCCUCGAUACCUCUUCCUUUACUGCUACCAGAGACUUGGACCAACUCCCCGAUUUCCUCAAGGCAUUCAGUCCUAAGAACGCCGAUCUGUCAAAAUCCUCCGAGCAGAACGGCACACCACACACACUGGUUAUUUCGGGCGCUGCUCUGCGGGCCGCCAAUGUUGUCCGUGCCCUUCGCUCCUUCCAAACCAAGGAGAGCAUUGUAGGAAAGCUGUUCGCAAAGCACAUCAAGCUUGAGGAAGCGAAACAGUUCCUGCAGCGUGCCCGCAGCGGUAUCUGUGCUGGAACACCUACCAGAAUAGCCGAUUUGAUCGAGUCUGGAACUCUCAAGUUGGAUGAACUAGAGCGCAUUGUCAUUGACGGAUCACACAUUGACCAAAAGCAACGGGGUAUCUUCGACAUGAAAGACACGCAUAUGCCACUGCUGAAGCUGCUUACCCAACCGGCAGUGAGCAAGCGCUAUGGUGCGUCCAAGAAGAGUGUUAAGAUCUUAGUGUUCUAA